UAUUAUAAAGCGUCCAUUACACGUACAUGCGCGCAGUGAAAGGGCUACGUACGUCUCCUGCAACCUCACACCCAUAGUAUUAAACCCCGAAAUCCACAUGGGAAGCAAUUUUGAAGAAGAAGAAGGCAACCAUGUUGCCAGAAAUUGGGAGGUCAACAAGGAGCAGCUGGCCGACAUUAAGGAGGAAAUCGAGAGAUGCAUAAAGGGGUUACAAAGCAAUAUUGCCGCCAGGAGCAGUUGUUGCAUCUACAAAGUCCCCUUGAAGUUGAAGGAGAACAAUGGCAAGAACUGGUAUAGCCCCCGCAUCGUCUCCAUCGGGCCCCACCACUACGAUGGGAGAGACCUUAACGGUGAUUACAAGUAUCAGUGCCUCGGCUCCUUUCUGUCAAGGACCAAAGCCAAAGGAAUAGGCUUAGAGCACUACAUGCAAAAGCUGUACCCGCAUGAAACAAAAGCUAGACAGUGUUAUUCUCCACAACCACAUAUCAAUCACAUCUCCACCGAUGGGUUCCUCGAAAUGAUGGUUGUUGAUGGUUCUUUUAUAUUAGAAUUGUUUUACAAUUUUCAUGAUCUGAGAUUGCUCGAGAUUAGCGACCCUCUUGCACACCUGAAGUGGAGAUUACCGUAUUUCUACGUGGACUUGCUCCUCCUUGAGAAUCAAAUCCCUUUUUUUGUUCUGCAACAGUUGUUUGAUAUUUCUUAUAAGAUGCCCGACGGUCCGUCCUUGACCUUGCUUGCUUUACGAUUCUUUAACAACGUUAUGAGAAGACCCAGCGAAGUCAUAGAGAGGUACGCCAAUUCCGAAAAUCCUCCGCCCUUGCAUUUGCUGGACUUGGUCCGAUCUAGUUUAAUCCCAAACCAUCCAACGCCACCACUGAAAGACGCUGACACACAUAUCCAAUUUAUUCCCUGCAUCUCGAAUCUUCGCCGUUCAGGGAUUAGGGUCCGACCGGGCAAGGCGGACAGCUUCUUGGAGGUAAAAUUUAAGAACGGUGUGGUUGAGAUGCCCAGUAUAACCGUCAACGUAUUCAAGAGAUCUCUCUUGCUGAACUGUGUGGCAUUCGAGGAGUGCCACGAGAGCAUCUCCAUACGCGAAAACGAGAGCAGCACCCAGCGCGCUAUAAACAACUCCAAGGUCGUCACAGUUUACGCCACUUUUUUGGACUGCCUUGUGAACACCACCGAAGACGUCCAGUACCUUCGCGAGCGCAACGUCAUUGAAAAUGUCAUUGACAAUGACCCUGCGGACGACGACAAUGUUGCGCUCUUCAUCAACAAUUUGUGCAAGGGCCUGAACUUUGAUAAGAGUCACUUUUAUUUGGACAAGGUUUUCAAGGAUGUGGACGAUUAUCAUCGGAAUGUCUGCAAUGUUCAUUGCGCGAGCUUCAGGCAUAAGUAUUUGAACUCGCCGUGGUCGUGCAUCUCGGUCUUGGCUGCCACUGUGCUCUUACUGCUUACCAUUGCACAGACCUACUACGCUGUCAUCGGCUAUGUGCAUCCCAAAAAAUAAACCUUCUGGUUUACGCAUCCCAAAUAUUAAUUGGCGAUUAUUUUAAGAGGGUUAUGAAUGUAAAAGAUUUUCCGCUUUGUUGUAUCACUUUAUGGAUUCCUGUUAGAAAUAAUGCAAAUGUGUUUCUAUUUCUUAGAAGAGUCCAUGUAUUGAGCAUUAUCGAUCUGCUUGUUAGUUUAUUCAACUUCACGUUGAGUCCUUUAGUUUAAGAGUUUUAGUUGCAUAAUGGUAGUUCGUAUUG